CUAUAAGAAAACUGAGAGUUUAGACAGUUACCAUCAUAGGUUCUGCUCGUGUGAUCAGAGAAAAUAAUUAAUUUUGAGUUUUACUUGAGUUUUUCUACAUUAAGUAAAGAUGUAGGUUGGUGUCCUUCCCCAUUUCUUAUAAAAGUAGGCCAUAGUUAUACCCAGUUAUCAGCAAAGGGUUUUCUUGUUUGUUUGUUUUUUGUAGGUACAUUUUUUCUCAUUCAGAUAUGACAAGUACAAUUUGGAUUUCCAAAUGUAUGUUAUUUUUAUUGUCUGAACAUAAUGUCCAGAGUAUAUAUUUAACAUGUCAAGGCAGUUGGUCAGUACUGCUCUGGUUAGGCCUUCGUGUGAUGUGUGAUGCUAAAGCAUAUCAUGAAAAGAGCAUGCAGUCAAAAGUAGAGGAAGAAAUGCAAAGUGCCGGCCCGUAAGUGAAGUCCUUGGCCUGUCCUCAGUGUUCAACCACAGAAGGGGAAAAGUGAAAGGGAGAGGAAGAGCUGCUGCAUCUAGUUGGUGUUUUCUGUUAGUCUGAGUGUGCAGAGUCCAUCCUGAAAAAAUCUUUCACACAAUCUACCAGAAUUGGAAUGUCAGUGAAUGCAAUACGCAAGCAAAGCACAGAUGAAGAAGUUACAUCUUUAGCAAAAUCUCUGAUCAAGUCUUGGAAGAAACUGUUAGAUGGACCUUCAACUGAUAAAGAUUCUGAAGAAAAGAAAAAGGAGCCUGCAUCUUCCUCACAAAACAGCCCUGAAGCAAGAGAAGAAAGCAGUUCAAGUAGCAAUUCCAGCAGCAGGAAGGAGGAGGGUAGUGCUCCCUCAAAUUCUUUCAUCCCUUCUUUUCCUCGAGCUCCAAGCACUUCAGAUUCUGUACGAGUGAAAUGUAGAGAAAUGCUCUCUGCAGCUCUCAGAACAGGAGAUGAUUACAUUGCUAUUGGUGCUGAUGAGGAAGAGCUGGGUUCUCAGAUUGAAGAAGCAAUUUUUCAGGAAUUAAAAAACACUGAUAUGAAAUACAAAAAUAGGGUACGAAGUAGGAUAGCGAAUCUCAAGGAUGCAAAGAAUCCAAACCUAAGGAAAAAUGUGUUAUGUGGGAACAUACCUCCUGACAAGUUUGCCAAAAUGACAGCAGAGGAAAUGGCAAGUGAUGAGCUGAAAGAAAUGCGCAAAAAUCUGACCAAAGAAGCUAUCAGAGAGCACCAGAUGGCUAAAACAGGAGGUACCCAAACUGAUCUGUUUACAUGUGGCAAGUGCAAAAAGAAGAACUGUACCUAUACCCAGGUUCAAACACGCAGUGCUGAUGAACCUAUGACAACAUUUGUUGUCUGUAAUGAAUGUGGAAACAGAUGGAAGUUCUGUUAGAAGAAGAAAUUGUCAAGACAUCUGGACCAGUAUGAAAGUGGAUUUUGUAAUUAGCUUUAAAAACUAGGCUAAGCAUCUAGCUUCCUGCAAAUGAGUUGUUUUUCUUUUUUUUUUUUUUUUUUUUUUAAAAGCAGCAUACAUGCCUGAAGUUAGCCUUUGUUUUGACACAACCAUCAUUUCCUUAAAUGCCUUCCUAUAGCUAAUAGUCGGUAGGGCCAGGUUGCUCAAUUGUAUGGUGAAUGUUAAAAUAUUUUUUCAUUUUUAUAAGUAAGUUGACAUUAAAAUUUUACCAA